UUAGAAUUAUCACGGAGAGAAUGCCGGCCAAAAGGAGAACUGCGGCGUCGACCAGCAAGAACAGCGAUUCGCCAUUAAGUCCGCGCACAGACGAUCCAGCGUACCAAGAAAAAAGAAAGAAAAACAAUGAGGCUGUACAGCGCACACGCGAGAAGACCAAGAAAUCGGCCGAGGAACGCAAGAAACGCAUCGAUGAAUUGAGGAAGCAAAACGAUACACUUAAGGUUCAAAUCGAGCAGGGUGAAAAGCAUAUAUCUACACUAAGGGAUCUGAUCAUUCAGGGCGAGAAAACGGAGGACGGCCACCGCAUCAUCCAGGAGAUUCUCGCUGGACCAGAUCCCAAUGACAAUGACUAACGAGGAACUGCUUCUGAUUUACUUUAUAAUAUUUACCUACUUUUAAGCCAUUUUCCAUGGUUGUUCACCAUGUUAAUCUUAGUGGUUCAACUAAAUCGGUGUAAUUGCUCGAAUUCUAUUACGGUUAGCACUCGUGUAGUUUACGAGAAUAUUGGGCUCACGAGAACAAAAUUUUUUUAAAAUACCUACACUUACAUUUUUUAUAAUUAUUAUUUUUCACCACAUAUUUGUAUACUUGUAUAACAUUUAUGUUUGUACCCUUUUGGUAUCUGUUGUUGUCAAGCGUCUGCUAAACAAAAUUGUAAUAAUUAAUCACUGUCAGUUUUGGAAUGACUCUUAAUUUGGUAAUAUAUUGACUAAUAGUGCUAUUAUUUACGAAAUGAUUCAUACAGCUAUAAUCAUGCGAGUCUUGAAUGAAAUAAAUUGUCUAAUAUGAUUUUAA